CGAUAAGCCAGAUUUUCAAUCAACACCCUCAACUACGAUGGCAAAUGGAGAGUUAUUGCUAACUCGGCUAUCGGGUCUCUUCCAGCAAGACCCGCUCAUUGACGAAGUGGGGCUGCUUUUCGGUAUCGAGUCGAGCGACCUGACGACCGAGACGGCCUUCUUCCUGGAAGAUCAUAAACUCGGGGUUGCCUUCGCAGCUGGGAUUCCGCUGUUCCAAGCUGCUCGCACUCAGUUCCACCCGCUAAACGCGCUCUUGCAGCAAGAAGCGCCUGAGAUAACGCAGUUUGAGUUCAGCGAACGUCGCGCUCAGCUGCUGCACUGUACACGCGCCAUUCUCCUUAUCAGUGCUGACUUCUACACUGCGUGGAACACUCGGAAGUCGUUUGUGAGCCGUGGGUGGCUGGACGCUCAAGACGAGGUGCAGUUCACUAAUUUAGUGUUUACGCUGCACCCGAAGAGUAUUGAUACGUGGGCUUAUCGACGCUCGCUGGCUAUUCGACUGUGUGAGUCUCUUAGCGAAGAAGAACUUCACAACUUUUACGAGCAGCAGAUCGAGGUUUGCAGUCGACUGGCUGAGCAGAAACCGCGGAAUUAUCAUGCGUGGAGCUUCCGUCAUUGGAUCGUGUCUCGACUUCCGCUGGGUUUGGCGCGCAAGGAGCUCGAGGACAUGGAGAUUUGGUGUAGAACGCAUGUAACUGAUCACUCGGGAUGGAACCAUCGUCAGCACACCUUGAAUGAGCUGUUAAAGAAGUACCGGCGAGACUCUGGAGAGGUGGAUGCAUCGCAUAAGGUGCUUCUUGCCGAGUACAAGUUUGUGUCGGAUAUCAUGGCUUCCUACCCUUCCCACGAGGCGCUGUGGUGCCAUCGACGCUACGUUAUCCAGUACUUGUUGAACGGCGUUUCAGGGAAACUAUACAGCGAAGACCCGGCAUCUCUACGUGUCGAUAUUGCAAGCAUUCUCUCAGCCCCAACCGAAGCAAUUGCAAAUGCGCCACUGAGUGAGUUGUGGGAUGAGACUUUGAAGACAUUGAAGAGUAGUUCGGUGCUCCAUGCAAUCAUGCAAGAGAUUGGGCUCGCUUGGAAGUGUGGGAAUCAGUUCUCUCGACGGUAUGCAGCCUGGUGUCUAGCGCGGCUUCGUGUGUUCCUACGAGACAGACCAGCAGUUGGGGAGGAGGAGAAUCAGCUCGGAGCUUUGUCACACGAUCUCAACUCUUUGGCAUCGAGGUUGCAAGGGCACCUGGCCCAAGAAGAUAGCGUGUUAGAAGAUCUGUGGCGUGGCGCAUUAGGAAGCCGUCCCAGAAUUUGAUGCAUAGAAGGUUUGCAUACUGACUGGAAUAAAUUUUACUCGUACGGGUGUGGCCA